UUUUUUUAAAAGAGGGUCCAAAUAGCGGUAAAUUAUUUUUCGUUCCAGAGGUCACGAGCUAUGGCGGAAUCAGCUUUCAAGCAAUCCAACGAACCAGACGAUGGAGAAGAAGAUUACAUGGGCGACCUUUCUAAGUUGCUUCCUCCUGAAGUUACUAGCUCUUCCAAAUCCAUGUCCAAGAAGCUUCCUGCUAAUAAAACCCCUGCUGUUCAAACGUCGAUUAAGAAGCCCAAAACCUUCAAUUGGCAAGAACAGCGCAGACGGGAUAGAGAACGGAAGCAAUUCGAAGAGGAUGAACAGACAUUGGCGAGAAUAGAGGCUCCGAUUCCACAAUCGAACAUUGGAUUUAAGUUGUUGAAGCAAAUGGGGUACACUCCUGGCGCAGCUUUGGGCAAGGAGGGAUCGGGACUGGCAGAGCCUGUGGGCCUUGAGAUUCGACGGUCACGAGCUGGAAUUGGCCGCCAAGAUCCGAUUAAAGAGAAGAAGAAGCAAGAAGUUAUAAGAUCUGAGAGAAAGAGGAACCAUCAGGAGGCCUUGAUGGAGGAAUUUGGGUCUCGACAGAAGCUGCAGUGGCGAAGUCGAAGAAUUGUGGUCAAUUACCACAAGGCGAAGGCAGCACUUGAUCAGUUGGAGAAUAAGGAAGUUGUGGAGCCAGAGAAGAAGGACGAUGAGGAGGAAGGAGAUGAGGAAGAAGAAGAGGAAGAGCUUAUAACAGAAGAGGAUUUGGAGAGUAUUUUGAUUAAACUGAGAGAUGAACAUCGAUAUUGCCUUUUCUGUGGAUACCAGUACGACUCGAAAGAGUUGCUCCUAUCUAACUGCCCUGGAAUUAAUGAAGAUGAUCACUGAACUACCUUUUCCUCCAAACGCUUCUACGGAGAUGCCCCCUUCAUAUUAAGGGUUGCAUCAUGUGCUUUACUAUGUCUUUGUCGACAUUAACGGCAUAAUCUCCCAGAAAGAAAUCCAAUCUGAAGUUGCUGUUCGGAAUAGCGGUUAAUGGAUAGAACAAGUUUUUUGAGUUUUAAGGCCCAAAGUAGGAGUUCUGUGACACCAAAUCUGCUCUACAUAAUACUUGGGCCAAGCUCCCCCGUAUUGUGUCCUUUUGAGUGCGAAGUGUAAGAAUUUGAACUGUGAUGUCGAAUUCAAGUUUCCUGGCAGCGGCUGGCACAAAAGUUGGCGGGUAAAAGGAUUUGAAGGAUAUGUUGAACAUUCUUGAAGUGGUAUCUUUAUUAUUGAAAUUUAGUUGCUUGUUAAUCUUUCUGUCAUAUUCCCUGAUAAUGCAGUGACAAUCUGUAAGAGAUUUUGCCCUAUUCUGGAUUCAAGUUUUAACAAUCUUCUCUGC